AUCUUUUUUUCUGAUUCUUUAUCGCAUUAAGCCUGUUAUCGCCUCUUGUAGUCUCGGUUGUAAAAUUAAUAAUUGUUUUCGUAAUAUUUCGACGUCAUUGUACAGAAUUUACUGUUUACAGGUUUCUUUACGAUUUUCCAGUACUUUUACAGUUUUAUUAUUGUAGUAAGAAUAUUAAAACAAUCUGGUAAUAGUAAAUAAUAAUGGUAGAAUAGUUUCUUAGUUUAUUUGAUAAUUUUAUGAUAAACUCGUCCGUAACGUGUAAGCGCAACCGGAAAAUCGUUUCGAAAAGAAAUCUGAAACUGGAGUUGCCGUUUGCUGACAGAGUCUGAAGCAUUAUAGUCUAUCGGAUGCUGGGGACCUGCGAAUUUCGUUAUUCGUACUUCGUAGUAAAAUUCGGGUAUAAUGUUCCGUCAUCCGUGCCUCCGAUUGUGCAUUGCCAUCGCCAAAUGGUUCCCUGUUGUUUUUAUCAGCGCAGUCGUCGGAUGGGCUUACUACGCUUAUGUUUAUGAACUAUGCAUUCAAGAAAUCCAUUCAACAACGGAGAAGACAUUUUAUCUAAUAUUUUUCCACGUAUUUUUCUUCCUGUUUUCCUGGUCGUAUUAUCAGUGCAUCUUCACUAAUGGAGGCCACAUUCCAUCCCGGUUUUAUCUCUCACCUACACAAAUGGCCGAGCUGGACUCGGCGCAGACCGCGCGAGAUCAUGAAACGGUGAAGAAACUUUUGAAUUCCUAUGCCACUAAUCUUCCAGUGCACACCAGAGGCUAUAAUCAAGAUGUUAGAUACUGCGAGAAAUGCUUUCUCAUCAAACCCGAUCGUUCGCACCACUGCUCGGUUUGUGAGAGGUGUAUUUUAAAAAUGGAUCAUCACUGGAUUCGUGUUAUGAAUUCAACAGGCUUCGAUAAUUAUAAGUUCUUCGUGCUGUUUCUGGGAUAUGCUGUGUGCUUCUGCUUAUAUACGGCUCUGACGGAUCUUCCAUAUUUCAUCCGAUUUUGGCGGGAUGAGUUGACCGGAAGCGGAAACAAAUUCCACAUAUUAUUCUUAUUCUUUGUGUCGGCCAUGUUUAUGAUCAGUUUGAUAACACUUCUCAGUUAUCACAUCUACUUGACGCUGGUCAAUCGGAGUACAAUCGAAAGUUAUCGAUCGCCUAUAUUCGCUGGAGGUAUCGAUAAGAAUGGCUUUCAUUUGGGUCACUACAACAAUUUCACGCAGAUCUUCGGCGAUAACUGGCUGUUGUGGUUCAUCCCGGUGUUUACUAGCAAAGGCAACGGCUUAGAGUACCCGGUGCGGUCCUCUCGUGAUUCGGCGUACGUUUCUCCGGCCCCUGACUCGACUGCUUCCCAGUUCCCUUCCCAUCAUGUGUCGCUGGAUGUACGAAACGAGACCACAAGCGCCCCUGUUCCUCCGAGAUUCAGAUCUUUCCAGAAUGCUAAUGGACAUUCCAAUAGUAACGGCCACGCAUAUUCUGUUCCGAACCGGCACCGUGCCGAUGACCAACACACUCUUUUGGAGGCGCAGCGAUGGCGGGAUGUGGAUGCGGGUGAGACGAAUCUCAUCGCGCUGGACGCACCCAGUUUCCCCAGUAAUCCCCCGCAGCAGCGCCAGUCUUAUCAGCGGGAUCAGCCGCGGCUUGUUUUAGUUAACGAAUAGUGCACUGGCAGUGUGAUAUAUUGGACUUUGAUUGGGUCUGUGUUUUCUGAUUUCUACCUGCAAAUUUCCUUAGGGUUGUUUUAUAUUUGAAGGGUUUUAGUCAUUUUACUGCAGAUACGGUGCUGAUUUGCUUGAACUUUUAGGUUUUGGGGUUUUUGUGUUGGCUUUGAAUUUCUGAUAAUUAUGAUGCAGCUGCGGAAAGUUAUCUGAAAGUAAAUGAAAAAAGGAAA